CGCAACACACCUGAAGAAUACACAGGAAAUUUUUAAGGAAAAAUUUCGAAUUUUGUCGACCGACGAGACGAGCUGUUGUAAAAAAAAUUCUAACAAUCAAAUAAGAUAUUUGAGAAACUGCAGCUGGUGAUAUUCUUAUUUACUAUAAAUCAUUGGGCGGAAAAUAAUUUCAAUCGACAACGGUUAUGAUUUGUUUUCUUUCGGUUAUUAUAAAAAAAUAUAAAACAGUUACAAAAUCAAAAUCGUUCGUAACCGGGUCGAUGUAGAUCGCUGCCUCGUAGAUACGUAUAAAUCUUUUGAAUUUUUGCGCUCGUUUUUGUGGCUUCAACGAUUGUGGAUAAGUGCGGGAAAAAAUUGAACAGAAAAAGAAAAAGAAAACGGAAAAUUCAUCCCCAUUCUUUGAUUGACAAAUCUUACAUAUACCAGUUCAAUAAUAGUACUAAUAGUAAUAAUCAUUGCGUUCGAAAAAUUCUUAUCGAGUGUGGAAUAAAAGUGCAACGAAAUUGAUUAUUUAUAUAUAUAUAUAUACAUACAUACUCUGAUAAUACUGUAAUUUGUUGUGAUAAAAAGACGUGCUGUAUAUUUGAAAGAAGAAAAGAAAACGGAAAUAAAAUUAUAAGAUGGGUUCCUUGAAACAACAGUCAUUCCUCAAGGGUCAAAAUAUUGGUAGAAGGAACGAGGAAGUUUUCAUUCACAAAAUAUUCUCUGAUGUAGCUGCAAACAAUCCAAAUCACAUUGCUAUUACAUAUGAAGACGAGUUUGGUAAGGACAGAAGUUUGACUUAUCGUCAACUCGAGGCACGGACGAAUCAACUGUCGCGGGUCCUAUUGAAGCACCGUGGGGAAUUAGAGGCAUCUGAUGCUCUUGUGGGUGUUUCUAUGCAACCAACGGACCAGCUGCCGACUAUUUUACUGGCGAUAUUAAAGGCUGGCCUAGCCUACCUUCCGCUGGACCCAGGAUUUCCUGCUCCAAGAGUCAAACAUAUUCUUGCAGAAGCCGAGCCACUGCUUGUGGUAGUUGAAGAUGGUGCUGAUAUGACGAUCUACGAAGGUGCAACAGCGAUCACUUAUGAACAACUGCUAGAAGAAUCUAUUAGAGAAUCAACGAGUCCUCUUCAACUCGACGAAGAUUCUGAAUUAGCGCUCGUCUUAUACACUUCCGGAAGCACUGGGGUUCCGAAAGGUGUGAGGCUGCUGCAUUCAGCGAUGAUGAACCGUCUUCGCUGGCAGUGGAGAGAGCUGCCUUAUUCGGCAUCCGAAAAAACCUGUGUUUUCAAAACGGCGCUGACUUUCGUUGACAGUAUCCCAGAAAUUUGGGGACCUUUGCUACAAGGAAGAAACAUCGUCGUUGUCCCAAAACAUAUCACCAAGGAUCCUGAAAGGUUCAUCGAGUUAUUAGAAAAAAAGAAAAUCGAACGUUUAGUUUUGGUACCAUCUUUACUGAGGACAUUGCUGAUGUAUUUAGACAUGCAGGAAGACAAACAGUUGUUGGCAAAAUUGAAGUUAUGGGUCUGCUCAGGAGAGACUCUAGUUGUUUCUCUUGCUGAGAAGUUUCUUGCUAGAUUUCCAUCUGGAGAUCACACCCUAGCUAAUUUUUAUGGAAGCACAGAGGUCAUGGGAGAUGUUACAUAUUACCUCGUCAAUCACCCAAAGCAACUUCAGGGUCUGGACAAAGUUCCUAUCGGCAGACCGUUAGACAACACAAUCGUCUACCUCGUCGACAAAGAAAUGCGACUUGUGCCUCAAGGUGAAGUCGGCGAGUUAGUUUGUGCCGGAAGAAACCUGGCAGCUGGUUACAUUCGAGGUCGAGACCCACACCGUUUCUUAGACAAUCCUCACACCAUUGACCCAGAAUAUUCACGUAUUUAUCGCACGGGUGACUAUGCCAGGAUAAUAAAGGGGAUUGUAAUAUACGAGGGUAGAACUGAUGCCCAAAUCAAGGUGCGUGGGCAUCGGGUAGAUCUUUCUGAAGUGGAACGCGCAGUUGGAGCAUCCCCAGCUGUAGAUAAAGCUGUUGUGCUCUGUUACAAGCCCGGUGAAUUAUCCCAGGCCCUCAUUUCCUUUGUUACCGCCAAAAACAACACUCAGAUCAGCGGAUUGCAGAUCGAGUCAUUUUUGCAGACUGUUCUUCCACCUUAUAUGAUUCCUCAAGUAAUUGUAAUCGACACCAUCCCUCUCUUGGUAAAUGGGAAAACUGAUAGACAGACGCUAUUGAAGCAGUACGAGUCACUGAACUAUGAAGAGGAAUUUGCUGUUAGUUGUAACUAUCAGAAUGUUCCAUUGCAUCAUCUUCCUGCGGCAAGAGCAUUGUUCCCUACAGUCGCCUCGGUAGUAGGGCGUAGUGUCCGAGGAAUGGUUUCCAUUGACUCAAACUUUUAUGAACUGGGCGGAAAUUCAUUAAAUUCAAUUUACACUGUAACUAGACUUCGAGACCAGGGUUACCAGAUUGGAAUAACAGAUUUUAUCAGUGCAAAAAACAUGAGAGAAAUACUGGGAAGGAUGAAAGUUGAAAGCGACUCUGACAGUGACGAAUCUGCUGAUGGAGAACAAUACAUUUUUGAAGAGCUCGAUGCUUCGCACAAGGAUGACGUUAUGACAAUGAUCACAGACAGUUUCUAUUCAAAAGCCGAUUUGGAACAAUGGUUGAUGCCUGAUGUGACAAGAGAAGAUUAUACUGAUCUGAUGGACAAGCUAUGGGAACCUCUUGUUGAAAAGAGACUGAGUUUUGUCGUCAAAUCCACAGAUGGAGAAGCAUUAAGCGUUGCACUGAAUUUCGAUGCGAGAGACGAGCCCGAAAUCCAUAUAACUUCAAAGUUAACAAUCGUAUUUGACUUCUUAGAGUACCUUGAGGGUCCCAUCAGAGAUGGGCAACUACCCAAAGGCAAGGGUCAGAUUUUACAUUGUUUUAUGAUGGGCACAAGCAGCAAUCUCAACGCGGCUGAAAAUGUCAUUCUCAUGAGGCAAAUGGAGGAACACGUUCUCCGAGUAGCCAGACAAAAGGGUUUUGCAGGAAUUUUCACAACUAAUACAAGCCCUUUAACACAGCAAUUAGGGACAGACAUUUACAACUACAAAGUUCUAUUGGAUUAUCAAGUUAACAAAUACGUUGCACCAGAUGGUACGAGACCAUUUGGUAAAGCCCCAGAUGCUCAACGGGCUGUGUGUUCCUGGAAGACCGUUUAAAGAUCCCCAAAGACGGCUAGAGUUCCUCAUAAUUUGUUGAAAUCUAGAUUUUUUCUGUUUUGUAUUGAUACUCAACAUUGUGAAUUUUGUAGGAUACACUGUAAAUAUUUUUUGUCUGACACAACGGAGAUCUUACCAAAUAAUUUUUCAGUAAAAAAUUCAAUUCAAAAAAACAAAAAAAAGAUGAUAAAAUAACGAUCAACCCACCCGAGCAAUGAAUCGCUUUGAAUAAUUAGAUUUCAAAUUGUGCAACACAACUUGCAAUGGGUUUGUGGAGCUAAAAGUUGACCUUAGCAUUUUGAAUCUGGGCAAUCUGUAUCCGUAAUGUUGAAACAAUUUUUACUUUUUGUUAUUAAACAAUUAUGCAAGGUGAUUAGAACUGUGUUGUUUGUAGAUCUGAAGGAGAUUAGUAGACUGUAGGCUAUUAUGAGAUAUUGGAUUAAGUAGCAGCGACAUAGAGAUAAGUGAGAAACCCACAAUCAUUCAUGAUUAUUUAUGAUAUAGCAUGUGAUUUUAUUCAUAUAUAGACAUUGUAAUAUACUGUAUAUUUAAAUGUAUGAUUUUAGCAACCGAAAGGUCGUUAAAAUUAUAAAUUGUAAAAAAAGAACGAGAGCACUUAGAGUAGUUAUUUAUCUUUGUGAGAUAUCAAAAUGUUCUCAUUACAGGUGUAAUAAAUCUCACUUGACAAUUUCCAA